AUGGGGAAGCACUCAGCUGAAUCUGGGGUUAGUAUGCUGUUGCAUGGAGACUUGGAUAUACAAAUAAUUGAAGCAAAAUGUCUCCCCAAUAUGGAUCUCAUGACAGAAAGGAUGCGAAAAUGCUUUACUGGGUAUGGAGCUUGCAGCACUGAUUGUGGGAAGUCAGAGAACACCCACCCAGACAUGAGGAAGAUCAUUACUAGUGAUCCGUAUGUUUCAGUUUGUCUCUCAGGAGCAACGGUGGCACAAACUCGAGUCAUUCCCAACUCGGAGAACCCUAAAUGGGAUGAACAUUUCUAUGUUCAAGUUGCUCAUUCAGUUAGCAGAAUUGAGUUUCUUGUAAAGGACAACGAUGUUUUUGGGGCAGAGCUUAUCGGUGUGGCUUCAAUACCAGUUGAGCACAUCACACCAGGUGAUAUGGUCGGUGGCUGGUUUCCAAUUUCUGGUCAGUACAGUAAUCCUAUGAAGCCAUCUCCUGAGCUGCAUUUAAAUAUCCAGUAUAAGCCAAUCGACAUGAACCCACUAUACAAGGAUGGAGUUGGUGCUGAUGGCCCUCAGAGUGUUGGUGUCCCAAAUGCUUAUUUCCCUCUUAGGAAGGGUGGUAGGGUCACACUAUAUCAAGAUGCUCAUGUUCCUGACAAUUUUCAACCUCAGAUUGAGAUGGAUGGUGGGAGGACAUAUGAACAAAACAAAUGCUGGGAAGAUAUUUGUCAUGCAAUCAUUGAGGCUCAUCACCUUAUCUACAUAGUCGGCUGGUCCUUGUAUCACCCUGUGAAGCUUGUAAGGGAGUCAACAAAACCUGUUCCCAAUGGAAACCCUGUCACCAUUGGGGAAAUUUUGAAGCGCAAAGUUCAAGAAGGAGUCCGUGUUAUAGUGUUGCUUUGGGAUGACAAAACAUCACAUGACAAAUUUCUCUUAAAAACAGUAGGAUUCUUUCCUCCCAUCGAACCUCUUCAUUUCCUACUUUGCUGA